GGAAAGGACAUCCGACCCCUACUCCUUCACAGCAAUGGGCAGGUAGCAGCGGGCAUAAAAUACACCCGAGCGCGCACGCGCCUAGGAAGCAGUUUAUAUAUACAUUGAAAAACCGCAGGUAGGAACUUGCUUCUAUCUCGAGGAAAAAAAGGGUGCACCACGCACAGGGGGAGAAACACAACAAGGAAUUAUGAACUCGUGCCUGAGCAAAGGAAUCAUGAACUCGUGCCUGAGCAGCUCGUGCUUCCUCCUUCCGGCAGCCCUCCGUGUCCUGAGACUCAACGCCGGGCAUGGUUCGGAGGCCAUGGAGGCGAUCCGAGGUAGACUCGUCUGUCAACCAUCCAUGUCCAUGGUAUCGCGUGUUUCUCGGGAUUACAGUACCUCCCUGCAGAGGCCGGUCACCGGUCACUUGGCUCUUCGUGGGCUACAUGCCUUGUGGAGGGCCACGACGUCAACUAUGGCGCCAACUUUCCGUGGCGGCACAGGAAUCACCAUGCACCGUGCAUUUCAUGUCGAGACAGUGCCAUACACUAACCGGACCCGCAUGGUCACCUGCUCACCCAGCGAAGCGCGCGAGCUCGGCGAGUCUGACUUUGCGGAUUUCAAGAAGCUGCACGCCUCCAAGAUCCUUGACCUACACCACCACCAAAGUGUUCGCGUCCACGACAUUUGCUGGAAGAUUAUUGGCGCCAUCCAUCGUGGCUUGUCUAUCAAGAACAAGAUAGAACAGCGAAGACAGGAACCACUACAGAUGAUGACGCCUUUGGAUUGGAUCGACGAGCUUAAUUGGGAGGUGAUAGUUGUUGAAGAAAAAGCCUGGAGGGGACAAUGCUAUUUCGAUGGUAAGAUAAUAGUCUCCACGGGAUUACUUGAUUCCAGCACGGAUGCUGAGAUUGCAUGGGUCCUCGGACAUGAGGUUGGACAUGUUAUUGCGAGGCAUUUCUGGGAGACGAUCAUGAUAUUCGAGUUGUGGCUCCCGACUCGCCUCCUGGUGACACCGUUGUUACGAAGGAGUGAGCUAGAGGCGGAUUACAUUGGGAUGUUGCUAGCCGCUGCUGCUGGUUUUGAUCCCCACGCUGCUGCUAUAUGCCUUGACAAGGCAGGCAAGAGGAAAGGGGAGUCAGCAUUUACAAAUUUCCUCUCUUUCUUCUCAUCCAAAGUUCAUCCAUCUUAUAAGAAAAGAUCACGACUUCUAUCGCAACCCAAGGUAAUGGAGGAGGCAAUGGAAUUGUACAGAGAAGCAACCGAAGGUGAUGGGCCUGAUAAUGGAGGAUGUAGUCCUGUCAAUUAAGCUCUACUAGGAUUUGUUGAUGCAUCAAUUCCGCAAAAGCAUCCACACAUGCAUUCUCUUGAUAGAUUUGCGGACUGAUGUCAAAUGAGUACUCCUUCUAUCCGUUUAUAAAUAUAGGGCCUAAUAUGAAUUCCUAGAUUUACUUGACCACUUGUUAGAUCAAUAUUAUAUGAUACGUUAUAUUUAACAAAAGUAUACCAUCCGAUUCAUACAAAAAGUAUUCAGAAAGAGAACUCCACACACUUGUUACGUACUUUUAUUCCCGAGUCAUUCAACGCCAUGAGGCCUUGUACAAUGGGAGAUGCUUAGAGAAAUAAACCAGACUUUUCUUAAGCACCGAUGCUUAUUUAUACAGGAUAGAUGCUUAACUAAGCGUUUUUUUGUAGAAAUAGGCACCGGUGCUUCAGAAAACCCGGUUUAUUUUUCUAAACAUUUCUCUAAACACCUCCCAUUAUACAAGGCCUCGCAAGAUACAUAGGCAGCAUCAAA